GAUUACAUUUUAUGACACAACACAAAGAAGCAAGUAAAUAGAUCGGUCCUAAAACCCUAGCAGUGAGAGAGAGAGAAAGCAAUGAGCAUCAUCGCAGGCUCCUACGAGAGAUUCAUAUGGGGUUUCAAGCUCAAACCCACAAAGCACGACGCCGACACUCAAACCCUAACCCUCUCCCCUCUCUUCUCCUACCCUUCCCACAUCUCCUCCAUCACCACCGUCGCUUGCUCCGGUCCCGCCGCCGCUUCCGGCGGCUCCGACGACACAAUCCACCUCUACGACCUCCCUUCCGCCUCCUCCCUCGGCUCUCUCCUCGACCACAACCACACCGCUUCGAUCACCGCCCUCUCCUUCUACACCCCCUCCUCCCUCUCCUUCCCUCGCAAUCUCAUCUCCGCCGCCGCCGAUGGCUCCGUCGCGAUCUUCGACACAGACCCUUUUGUCCUCCUCAAGUCCUUUCGUCCUCACAAGAAGGCCGUCAACGAUCUAUCGAUUCACCCUUCUGGGAAGCUCGCUUUGGCUGUUUACCGUGACGAGUGCUUUGCGAUGUUGAAUCUUGUGAGGGGGAAGAGGAGUUUUUGCUGUAGGUUGGGGCACGAGGCGAGUCUUGUGAAGUUUGAUCCGAGUGGGGAGAGGUUCUUCAUGGUGGUGAAUAGUAAAGUUGGUGUUCAUCAGAGUGAGGAUGCUAAGCUUCUUCUUGAGCUGGACAAUGGUAGCCGUAAGCGUAUUCUAUGCGCUUCUCCUGGAGACAGUGGGACUCUGUUUACAGCUGGUGAGGAUCGGGCUAUAACAGCUUGGGACACAAAUAGCGGGAAGCUUGCUUAUUCCAUACAAGAUGCUCACCCAGCUCGGAUCAAAGGUGUCGUCACACUUACGAAGAAUGACAGUGACGGUGCGUCAGAAGAUCCGUAUUUGGUUGCUUCUGCAUCUUCUGAUGGGAUCAUACGUGUUUGGGACAUGCGAAUGGCGGCUAAAGAGAAUGCAAAACCAUUAGCCGAGACAAACACUAAAUCAAGGCUUACUUGUCUUGCCGGGUCAGCUCUUAAAUCUAUGAGACGGCCACAGAUUGGAAAUCAAAAAGCUCAGAAGCUAGAGGAAGGGCUGAACACAGAAUGAGAGCUGCUUAUUGACUACUAAAAGCUUUUGUGCUGACAACUAUCUGAUACAAGUUUUGGUAGAAUCUUAAAAUAUGAUCCAGUAUGUUUUUUGUCGAAUUACAAUCAAACAAUUUUGUUAAACCCUCAGAUUUGUGAAAGAAACCCAUACUUACUAUUUAUCAUUCA